AUGGGUGAAAUGCCGUCGUCGGACACAUCAUCCGGUAGCUGGUCGGAAAGCGACACGGAUGAUUCUAUGUCCUCAACUUCUAUGGCAAAUGAAUGCUCUUCUUCCUCGCAGGGUACGAGUGAGCCUACGGACGAAGAAGUUGGUAUAACGGCAGAAGUUGAGGAGGAAGAUCCAAGCCCUCGUGAAAGUUUGCGAAAGUGGGCUUUACGACGCGUCGUUGUCCCUUACGAUUCUGAUCGCUCAACUGUGUACGUUAACGACAGUUCUUCUACGUCUGAGUCACUUCAUGUCCCUACGUACGAAGACGGUCAGUCAACGCCAAAUGUACCGGAAAAGGAGUCGGGCGUACGCGAAGCCUAG